GGCCAAAGAGUUUCCACUUUGGACAGCUACAGCACUCCCGGUCUACGCAGGUGAUAGGCAUGCAUCAACCAGCCACCAGGAAGGGUACUUUGCUUACUUGCGAAGACACGUCUUCCAACACACACGAUUGCCCUGUUCUGGGAACAGAUUUGUGCUGGAGCAUUGCCAAAGUCUUUCUAGUGGUGCCAACUUAUUAUCUGCUAAAUUAACACAUUUUGGCCAUAAAUAUGGACCACUUUCAGAUUCUGUUGUAGGUAAAAGAGGCACCAAACGACAAAAUGAUUUUUCAAAACCUCCGCCAAAAAAGAAACACGUUGAUGAUUCAGAUUUCUUGAGUUAUGAAAACUGGCGAGGACUUGGAAACGAUCGUGAUUUCGCCGUUAACAGUGAUACCUCCGAUCAUGAGUUAACUGAGAGUGAUGAUAAGCCGGAAGUUUCUUGUCGUCUAGAUACAGGAAAUAUUCUAUCGGACUUUUUAGACUUCGCAGCAGAGACCGGACGGCGUGCCACGAAAGAAAAACAAAUGGAUAGUUCCUCUCAAGACAUCAUAAGCAAAGUAGCGAACUACAAAGUGGUAGGUGAAGGCAAAGAGUAUCAUAAAAGCGACUACGACAAACUUUCAGAGUAUCUGACUAAUGAAACAAAGAAUUCAAUGAAAUGCCCCGUCAACACCAAAAUCAGCUGAUUUGCUCGAUGCUUAACCGAAUUUUACCAGUUCACCACACUUGGACCAUUCUUAUGGUAGGACUCUACAUUUCGAAAGUCAUCACAAGCCGACAUAUGUUGAAAAGUCGAAUGUAUUUCCAAAGUUCAAAUUUGAGAGGGAUGAUGACAGCACAACCGACGAGAGCAUUGAUUUAUGUGGCAAUUCUAUUCCCCGUGAUAGUAAUACGCCAAGUGGUUCUUCCAAGAUUGAAGAAAAUGUUGAAAGUUGUAAUAAAUUUGAUGAAUCGGAUCACGACGGCAUCAUUAUAUUGGACGAAGAGGGUGAUACUAGGCAGGAAAUUAGAGUUGCUGAUAGGAAAAAGAAAGAAAUGGAAAUACUCAAAGUGAAGGCAAAAGGUUUUUAUUUUCAGAACCAUCCGGAAACGGCGAUAUUAAAUGAGAAGAAAGUAUCAAAAAAGAAAGGAUCUUUACUGCUCAAUGGUAUCAAGUGCAACUGGAUCCAAAUAAAAUAUGACUACCCAUGGAAUUUUAAGACCGAAGAGGCUCAACCUGAAAGGAAACUGAGAACUGGGAUCAAAGUUAGUGUCACCAUGACCUGUGGUUUUGAUGCACUUGUACACAUAAUACAGUUCUCCGCUUUAGACAGUCCUUAUCGCGGCUUUAUGGAGCAAUCUGACAAUCCUUUACUGCUAUUUACGUCAAAUUUUUGUAAAAGUGGACUCACGAAGGAAAUUUUAUUUGAACGUUUGAAGACUCUCAACCAAUUUUAUUUUAUUGGAAAAGACGCGAGUAACACUUCCAUACAUCCAUACAUUCUCGAUGCUGAGGAUUUUAUCGCAAGGGUAUGGAGUAAUUAUUUUUCUGACGAGCCUAGUGGAUUUAGAACCUAUAAUUGCAGUGUUUCGGACUGUUCCGGUAAAAAGAUCGACGAACUACUACUCCUCGCUGUAAAUGAAAAGCUGAUACGACGACAGGGCUAUGGAUGCUUACGGAAAGCCUUACUCUAUCACAGCCAAAUAUCCAACAUUAAAUGUCGAGAACCAGAAUGCAAUGGAACCGUGACCGAAAAUACUGAAUUGAAUAUUCAUAUCUGCAUUGAAUUAGAUGUGAGAGUUGCCAUUGAUUCAAAGACAGCAAUUAAGGGUUUUCUGAGUGAUUUUCCAGUAUCCCUUGAAUUAGACAGAAAGUAUCGACUCGCUGGUAUAGUUGAUUACCAGUUAGGCCAUUUUAUCGCUUACUGUAUCAGAUCAGGCGGGACUUGGCUACAGUGCAACGAUAUGCAGAAGAAAAUUACAUCCGUUAAUAAUCCUAAAGAGACCUCUGGAUUCCCCCACAUUGCAAUUUACGUACUGGAAUAAUUAACUUCUCCAACUGUGAAGAUUUGCAUGUUUCUAGAUGUAGUUAGUACUUAGUGUUAGGCAUUUUAUGGUAUUUGAGGGCGAUGGGGAGUUGGAGAGGUGUCUGAGGACUGGUGGUGAUGUUGUUGACAUGCUUUGGGGGGGAGAAACCACGUGGAUUUGACAGCUGUCAGAGGGCCCAUCCCACUGAAGACACUGGGGAUAUGGAGGAUUUGGGGAUUCAAGGGGAUUUUGUGGCGAUAUUAGAGAUGUUGGAAGAGGUUUUCGAGAGAAUUGGGGGCAGGGAGGAGAUCAGGGAUAGUUUAGAGACAUCUUCUACUGGGGAUUUUGGGGAUUCUCUGGGUUCAGGGAUGGUUUUGCUGGGUCUGGAGAGAAGGAGGAGAUUGUGCUGAGGGAAUCACAUCCAGACCCUGGUGCUGGGACUGAAAGUAGGAUUCAGCGGCAGGUUGUUUCUACAUGUAUAAAGUGAUAUUUGUUAUUUCUAUAUAGAUUUUAUAGAGAAAAAUUAAUGAUGUCAAGUUGAGCGCAAGAUGAUUGAUUCAUAUUAUUCGAUUUUAUCAAAUGUUUAGACAAAAUAUUAUUCUAUUGUGCACAUAUAUAGUUCUCCGCUGUAUUUAAAUUAUAUUGGUGUCCAUUAUGAGAUGAGAGUUCGAGUCUGUUCCUCUCCUCGGCUCCAACUGUAUUUUUUUAUAAAAUAAAAAAACAGCUUCCAA